AAGUCAUUUUUCGCGACCUGAGCUCUAUCAGUCACUGUUUAGUUCAUCCAUUGAAAUUGCACUCAAACUGGGUAAACGAAAGAGUUGAAAAGUUAACGUGUUUGCAGUCAAGAAUUGACGGUGAAAACCUCCACAUAAUUCAACAUCUAUCAAAGGAUAUCGUGCAACAACUCGCUUCUUGAAGAACAUGCCUAAUUGUUGACGAAGACAGAAUGCACAGUUUCGUUAAGAACCAUUUUAAAUUGAUGGAUAUAUUUUGGACAUUUCUUCUCCUGGUAGCUCUGUCAGACCCAUCCUUCGCCGUUUUGAUCGAAAUGGAACGAUUACCCAGCUUUCCCACGGACGAUUUUCUUUUGUCAGGCUCCUUAUGUCCCUUUUCUCGUCCAUCAUGCAGCCUGUUCAGAGCCCACCCGCUGGGAGGUUGCUGGUGCAGUUGCCCAAACACCUUUUCAUUUUACGAAGGAGACUUCCAAUGCGAGCGAAAUUCUGAAGCUCGACGAAAUGCAGGCUGUGAUUUACUGUUUGCAGAUGAGACAGAUGAUAAUUCACUGCCGUUUUUUCCAUCCGGUUCCGUUCGUCAGAAAACGAUCAACGUGCCUGCCAACCAAAACUGCAGCUUUUUUUUUAAAGAUGAGGUUCAUGUUAACUACCUAAGGUGUGACGGAACAUGGAAGUUGGAAAAUGUGGCGGACACCAUAGAUUUAACUAGUGGCUGGUCCAUCAGUCAACUCUCCAUAAAGCUCAAGUCUGGCCUUACAAUGCCACAGAGUUUUGCUGGCCGUCUGGUCAGAGUAGCAGUGCAAUGUGGUGCUCGGAAUUCGGAUUCGCCGUUUAAGACCACGUGUGUUCUCUUCAAGGUUCAAGGAAUUAAUUCAUGUUCAUAUCCCCAGUCCACCCCAUCACCAAGUCAAGCCAUUGCAACUCUGCCGACACCAAUAUCAAGACCGAAGAAACCAACAACUCAACCAACAACUCAACCAACAACUCAACCAACAACUCAACCAACAACUCAACCAACAACUCAACCAACAACUCAACCAACAACUCAACCAACGACUCUACCAACAUUAAACCCCACUCAGAUUGAAAGCAGCCCAAUUUUCUGUGAUGAAUCAGGGAAAAUUGAAAUCCAACAGCAGACAUACUGGGCUAAAUGUUUCUUUUUCUGUUGUCGCGACUGCAAUAAGGAGUUCUACGAAUGUUAUAACACAUCUCACAGGAGCUACUGCCUUGGGUUGGCUUUCAGUUGUGCUGAAAAAUGUGCUAGGGACAGUUCACUAAGCAUAACAGUGAAAGGAAUGCAAUUUCUUCGCUGAAGGAGUCAAGUUCUGUUAAAUUUUAUGGUUCCUGAUUUAAUGCCAAAGCGUUUUUAAGAAACAAAACGUCCCCCGAUAAAAAAAUAAUUUUUGAUUUCUGAGUGUCUCACCUGUUAAUUGUUUAUAUAUUUUUCAUCUUUAUUACUAAUUUCCUUUUUGUUUAUCCUUUUUUUUUUAAUUAUUUCGCCUAUUGAUGCCGCUUAACCAAAAAUAAGAAAAGAGCAAAAUCGGUCUUUUCUAAAACAAAGAUUUCUACCAGACAAAAACUUGUCAUUGGAACACUUUUAAAAAGAAAUUUGCCUGAGGGAGGUGGGAAUUAAACAUCUUUCUAAUUUCACUUGUUAAGAUUUUCAUAACUCCUCACUUGACAUCAAGAAUUAAUAUCACCACAUGCCUGUACAGAUGGCAUACCGUGAGGUGAAGAACAGAGCUUCGUGCAACCUUCCUUUCACCGAUAACAUGGUUUUGUCCGGGUAUUUAGGAUAUGGCUAUAAUUGAUAUUCGAAAAACAGUCUGAUAUCUUGGCAGUAUGUUGUCGUUACCAUCCUUAGAAAUUCGGAGCAAACAGGGCUGUCUGCCAUUCCACACUAUUCCAAUGGAUAGUCACACAAUUUGGGCCAGUUUUCAGUUUCUGUUUUAAAAAACCAGCUCUCGAAAAAAUAUUGAUAUUUGUGAAACGACCGAGUGGAGUCCAAUUUGGAAUUAUUAAACAGGUGAUUUUUUAGUCAAAAUUGUGAUAACAAACAGAAUUUGACGACUUAGAGUCCCGUUCCAGUUAAUCAAAACUAGGCACGAGAAACGACGCACCUGUCGGUAGAAAGUCGGAAUUCAUAGCUAAAAACAUAUACCGUAUUCAGUGAUGGCGGCUGCUUGGAAUGGCACCUGCUUCUGCCGAAAUUAAUCACUCACCACAAGUUUAAGGUUUUCUUGUAGAAAGUUU